AUGACAGACCAGAGUGAAGCAGGCCCGUCAUCGCAUUCCCAAUCUAAUCUAGCCAAGUCGCUCGUGGCUGAGCUCCUAGAGCCCACACGAUCGGCGCGCAAAAGCUCUCUUGGCUCCAGACCUCACCCUUUCUCCGCGUCUGAGACUUUUCAAAGCCGCAUAGAUGGGCGCAAGUUUCAACUUGGCAACCCUGAUCGACCUAGGCCCAAGGCGGAGAGGGGCAGUGUUGCGGCUAGGAAGCUGAAGCGGAGGGAAGACAGGCUUGUAAAGAGGGCAAAGAGGAGUGGACAAGGCUCUUUGCCUGUCAAGAGCAAAGACGCCAGAAGGGCGCUCAGCAGAAGCGAACGGCGACAGUUGGGGCUGGAUGUGAGGAAUGAGCAGCCAAGGUGAGUUUGGAUACGCUUACAAGCAAAGGCGCCGUGCCUGUAUGCGGAUCGUGGCUCACCAACAAAAACGCUCUCGCAGCUACGAGUCCCUUUUGCCCACCCACUCGCUCUGGACGCAAUACAUCCAGUCGUUGCUGCAGCUGGUGGAUGCUCAAGGUCGUCUCAAUGCGGCGUCCUUUACCAACUUGAACAACACGGCAGAAGAGCCUCUGAUGGUGAAGGACACCGCCAUCGGACUCAUGCAGCAGAACCUGACCAAAGCAGAGCUUGCGGGUGGCCUCGUCAGAGGUGAGAGAUGCAUCAAUGGGCAUGUAUGCUAUCAUUUGCCCAUCUGAAUCGGCAUUCUACCCGCAACUCAGUCAGCCGUUCUGCGAAUCCAGCUCUAGUUGGUCUGAGCGGUAUCAUCGCCCGAGAGACGGAGCAGACUAUCGUCAUUGUCCCUCCACUGCCAGCGCCGGCCAACGGCAAGCCCUUUCGCCGACCAAAGCGAACAACCAAGGGUGAGCUCUUGGAUUUCAGCAUGUACGCUUGUGUGCAGACCCGCUUAUAAGUUCUUCACUCACGAGUCUCGACCUCUAUCUGGUACGGAAUGCUCACGCAGUCAUUCCUAAGCACGCCACGGACUUCGUUCUCUCCGUGCCACUCCCCAACACGGCCAACUCAGAAGCUGCAAGUGGAGAUUCACAGUCGAGGACUCUGGACUUUACAUUGCACGGCUCGCAGCUAAGGUACACGCUUCCGACUCGCGCCACGAGAAAGUGGAAGCAUCGCCGCGUCGACGAGCUGUGA